AUGGAUCUCUCUGUUUUGCCAAAUAACAACCAUCCUGACAAGUUCCUGCAGCUCGAUGUGAAGUCUUUAAUGAGGAACUCAGCCCUUCUCCAGGCCAGCCUGGUGAGGUUUCCGGGAGGGAAUUACCCUGCUGCACAACACUGGCAAAACCUCGUCUACUCACAGAGAGAAAAGAAGAAUAUUACUGUUCAACGCCUGAAGGGAUCCAGUGCGAAGGGCACCAUCACUGUAGACAGCCCCCCACCAUCCUUAUCGUCAGUUCUGAAGAAUAACCCACUAUAUGGUGAUGUAAGUUUUGAGGAAGCUAUGGAAGAAAGAAAAAAGAAUCCUUCAUGGACUGUUGAGGAAUAUGACAAGCGUUCCCUGCAUACCAACCUCUCUGGGCAUCUGAAGGAAAAUCCUAACGACCUACGGUUUUGGUUGGGGGAAAUGUACACACCCGGUUUUGAUACCUUACUGAAGAAGGAAGAAGAACAAGAGAAGCAUUCCAAAUAUCGUCGGAUAGGUCUGAUUCUGUUCCUCGUUGCCUGCAUCUUGGUUUCCAUAGUGACUGUUAGCACUUUUUUCAUCUAA